AUGCUUCUCCGUAGCUCUUCAACGCCUGUACUAAACUCAUUGAUUCCACACUCAAGGGAACCCUCCUCAGAACCAGAUUUCAUUCAUCAAACUCCGAAGUCAAGAUGUUCAACAAUUUUUCUGUCAUCAUCCAACUUGAUAGCUUCAUUAGAUGAAUCCAUUAAGAAGUUGUCAAGAACUCUUUCAGAAACCGAUCUCGAAGAUCUCAAAAUCCCAUCAAAACCUACCAAAAAAUGUACGUGCAAUAUGCAUCACUUGCUUUCCACCAUUGUAGUUGAAGAAGAAGAAGAAGAAGUAGGGCCUACUGGUGGUGCUUUCUUUUUGUCAUCUAAUUCUGGACUUGAUUUGGUGGAGGAUGUUGCAGUCGGUGGAGGCAGUAUACACGGUGGUGGGAGUGGAGGAACGCCGGGUGGUGGUGGUGGUGGUGGUGGUGGAGAUGGAAAUGAUGGUAGCUCUCAGUAUUGGAAUUCGAACUUUGGAAGUGGAAGUAUGGAUUUGUAUUACCAGAAUAUGAUCACAGCUAACCCAGAGAAUCCAAUAUUUCUAAAUUCAGAGCGUGCAGAUAUUUUAUUUAAUCAAGCAGUUGAAGCAGCUCCUGAUGAUAGUUAUGUUAUGGCUUCGUAUGCUCGAUUUCUUUGGGACGCUGAGGAUGAAGAUAUGAACGAUGUUAGCAUGCAUUCAAAUUUCUUGCAAGAGACUCCUAUAGCUGCUUGUUAUUAA